UCUGCAAAAAAAAUUCGACAUAACUAAACAAUUCAGUUUCACAGGUUACGAAAGGACAAUGGGGAAGGGACAUGCGUCGCGACACCAUAUCGACGCCGGCCGGGUAGAAAGUACGCAACGCGUUAAAUCAGUAGUCGUGACGCUGCAGUUGGGGGAUGAAUUAACGUUGGCGAUGACUCGAGAAUGAAAAAAACACGAAACGUGCUCACGGAAAUUUGGCAAAGAAUAGUCUACCGAGCUUUGCAUUGAUAAUAAUGUAGCGAAAUUAGUAUUAACCGUUGAGUCAAUUAAAUCUCGUUGUGCCUGUGCUUUAUAGUUGCUAUUUUGUAGUGCCUAAGUUUUAACGCAAGUGCCGGUUUUUCGUGCUUUUCAAAAAUUGGCGCAUUAACCUAAGAGUAAUUUCUACCGUGCAAGAAAUCGACGAGCGGAUAAUGAUGGCUGCUACGUGCCAGAGUGAAAUGACGACGAGAGCCACAUGGGGCUCCGGUGCCGAGAUAUUAUCGCAAUCGGUGAAGUAGUUUCAGUUAUGCUCGGGGUAAAAUCGCAAGGCGGCCCGAAUACACGAAACUUUUCGAGUGGUUAAAAAGAUCGGCAAACUGAAGCGCGAUCAAGAAUACGAUCUCCUGAUCGUCGACAACGACGGAUUAAUGGAGACCGCCAAUAGUGAGGGUGGAACCGAAGAUGAAUCGGGAUGGAAUUGCAGCGUGCAUCCGAGCGUUUUCUUUCUGUUGGGCACGCUUGUGCUUACGACGUGCGCGACCGCGAUGCUGUGCGGUUCCAUUAUGACCGACCACUGGGAGGAGGUCACGUGGAAUAGGGAGGAACUUGAAGCUCUCAAUAAUUACACAAUGCAUAUGCAAUGGUACUUGGAUGGUAAGGUGGCGAAGCUGUUGACCAACGACGAGCGAGAAAUGACCGUCGCUUUUUUAGUUCCUAUGCAUGGGGGGAUAUGGACUUUGUGUCUUAGUUUAACAGCCGAAGACAUCCUCCUUUUACAACAGGUUGGAUUUCCAGUAGUACAGCAGUGUGUGAAUUAUUUGGCUGACGGGAUCGAGGGUGUUAAGGACUACGAUCCCAGAACGGGCUGGCAGCACAGAAUGCAGAAUCUUUCCAUAUCAUGCUCAUUGGUCUGCCUCAUAAUCAUAGGAACCGCUGCGUUGGUCGGAGCUUUCGGGGUUUGUCAACAUCAAAUUAGUGCCGUAUUAGUGACCGGAGUUAUGUAUUUAUUAGCAGCAUCAUUCGCCAUCUUCACAUUAAUGAUAAUACACUUCAAGAGAGUUCAGUCGAAACCGCAAGUGAACAUGGACCCCGACGGUACAAUGGACGGCGUAGUCAGUCCGAGCGGCAGCAAGGGCACCAACUAUCUUCUAGGCGCUCGAGUAUUUACGACGUCGUGGUCGUUGGACUUGGGUUGGGGCGGUGUGACAUUGUGCGUCAUGACGUCCGUCUUGUGGAUAUUGUUAUCGAAAAUUAUGCGAUUUAAUCCGAUUUCGUCUAUGAUUAAUUAAGCGCUCGAGCUCAACGUUUUGUCGUGACGUACAAGUAUCGUUCAGGCUGACAAAAGCACAAAAUGGUACGUGAUACUACACGUUGGACUAAUAUUAGGCUCCCAUUUAUAUGUAGCGAACACAGCAAUUGCAAUUUUUUUAGAAUUUCUGUGUCGAAAUAACUCACAAUCAAAAUUACCCACAACUGAAUUCGUGUGAUAGUGAUAACGACUGAUAGGGCAAGAUAAAUACCUAACAGCUUUGCGAAGCUUUAUAAUUGUAGAAAUAGUUUGUAACUUUUUUCUAUUUUUCGCAACAUGCCGUCCAUUUAUGUAGCGUUAAAGCGCAUACUACCUUAAGUGUAACGAUACUUUGAAGACAAAUAAGCAGGGUUAUUGGAUUAUAAAUGUUUCGCUACUUAGAUUUUAUAAAUGCGUUAUUAAUACAGAUUUUAUAGAUUAAGAAAAAAUAACAAAAGCUAAGCUGCACUGUUGUUACUAAUGUAGGCGAGCA